UUUCUUUAAAAUUCUGUUUUUGCAAAGUCAUUUUUACGUUGAGGAUCAUCGAGGUCACGAUUGCAGUCGUCUGUAAUUCUUUUCUCCACCAUUUGGUGAUGUGCUAAGUCACCAUUGUCAAAUGAGAACACCAUCCUCCUCCUCCUCUUCCUCAUCCACCCUGUGCUAAAAUUAGCUCCAUGAGUUUGCUUUUUGUCCUUUGGAUAUAAUUCUUUUCCAACCUUCAGCUUUUUUUUUUUUUUUUUUUUUUUUUAUAAGACAGACUCAAAUUCAACUUAAUGAUCUAGUUUUUGGUUUUUAGUUCUUUGUUGUCAAAUAAAGUUUCUGUUUUCCUGCCUUAAAGUUGCUUAUGUCCUGUUUUAGCUCUGCGAUGCGUCUCCUUUUGCCUCCUUCCGUGUUUUGUAUCAUUGCAGUGUAAGCCUCCAGCCGCUGCAUCGUCAGAGUUUGGAGAACGCGCCUGCGUCAGACCUUCCUGCUCUGCUAUAAAAGCACAGGCUGCAGCAGCAGCAGCAGCAGCAGGCAGUCUAGUUUCAGCCUGAGCCUGUUCCACACCUCCAGGAGUCAGCCAUGAGUAGCAUCGGAUAUGACCCCUACUACUCCUCCUCCAUGUACAAACGCUGGUAUGAGCCCCCCCCUCGUGUGGCGACGACCAGAGGGAGGACCCACGCCACCUACUCUUCUCAUGCGGCCCCCCUAGCCGCGUCCCGCCUGCAGUACUCCUCUCCCAGCCGGGGGCUGUUCUCCUCCUCCUCCUCCUCCUCGCCAGUCUCUUCCCUGGAGCUGGAGCUCAGCCAGGCGGCUCACAUCAGCUCAGAGUUUCGGGCCGUCCGCACACAAGAGCGCACCCAGCUGCAGGAGCUCAACGACCGCUUUGCAGGCUUCAUCGAGAGGGUGCGGGAGCUGGAGCAGCAGAACCGGGCUCUGCAGGCUGAGCUGCUGCUGCUGAGGCAGAGGCACGCCGAGCCGUCCCGCCUCAGAGCGCUCUAUGAGCAGGAGGCCAGGUCCCUGAGGGCGGCCGUGGAGGAAGCCAGGAUCGAGCAUCAGGCUGUGCUGGGCCAGAGGGAGAAGCUGGAGCAGACCCUGAGGGCACUGCAGGGUCGAUAUGAGGAGGAGAUGCUGGCUCGGGAGGAGGCAGAGGGGAGGCUGAUGGAGGCCCGCCGUGAUGCCGACCAGGCUGCCUUAGCGAAAGCCGAGCAGGAGAAGAGCGUUGAUAUCCUCCUGGAGGAGCUGGCCUUCCUGAAGAGGAUCCACGAAGGGGAGGUGGCCGAGCUGCAGGCUCAGGUCCAGCUGGGCGUCCAGGUAGCCGUGGAGUCUGAAGCCGCCGCUCCAGACCUUUCCGGCGCCCUCAGAGAUAUCCGCUCCCAGUACGAGCGU